AAAUGCGACCGCGGACCCGAGGAAGCUUCUCGAACUUUCUACCGUCGUCUAUUGGUUGCGUUGCAGUCAGGCGAACUGGCAGCAGUCUGUCAGCGAGAAGCGACGAGCGGACGGUGCCGGGCGAGGACCGCAGCUAGCUGCUAAUAAGGCUACAGCCGGAACUCGAACGGCGGCUAGCUCUAGCGGCUAAACUUACAUCCGGGAACUUGUACAUUGGCUAACGUCGGCAGCUGAAGCGACAGAGGGACCCCGAGCGGCUAACGCUAGCAUCUAGAGCUAAGCUAAGGCCGGGAACCGGGCGAGCGGCUAAGCCAUGUUCGGCUGCUUGGUGGCCGGCCGGCUGGUGCAGACCGACGCGGCCCAGGUGGCCUCGGAUAAAUUUGUCUUCAACCUGCCGGACUACGAGAGCGUGAACCACGUGGUGGUGUUCAUGCUGGGCACCGUGCCGUUCCCCGCCGGCAUGGGCGGCGCGGUCUACUUCUCCUUCCCGGACCCCGCGAGCGGCGGCCCGGUGUGGCAGCUGCUCGGCUUCAUCGCCAACGACAAGCCGAGCGCCAUCUUCAAGAUCUCGGGGCUGACGGCGGCCCAGGACCGGGGCGGGGCGCACCCAUUCGGCUGCGUGGCGUCGGCCGCUCCCUCCGUUGCGCAGGUCGGCGUGUCGGUGGAGCCGCUGGAGCAGCUGGCGCAGCAGACGCCGGUGUCCGGGGCGGCGGCGUCCACCGCGGACACGCUGCGGCUGUUCACGCAAAAGAUGCUGGACAGUUUGUACAACUUCGCGUCGUCGUUCGCCGUGACGCAGGCGCAGAUGACGCUCAACCCCAACGAGACCUUCGUGCCGUCCAGCUGCAUCCUCAAGUGGUACGAGAACUUUCAGAGGCGCAUGAGUCAGAACCCCAACUUUUGGAAGAACUGAAUGAUCGGGCGCGCCGGUUUGCCCUCGCUUUUUCCACCCCCAAGGACAACUCGAAGACGUCGCAACGUGGCGAAAUGCCGUCUUGUAUUUUGGGGGACACCGGAGGUGUCCGACUUCUUGUGCCAAAAGACAUUCUUGACAUGUGUACAUUCAGAGGUAUCAUCCUGAAUGAUGGGAUUGUGCAAAAAAAUUCGGGGCCCAUAGUGCAAAGGCCCGUUUGAAAUCGCUUCGUUUCUUUGUGUUUUUGUUUGACGCCUAUUAAACCUAUUUGGAUGGCUUUCCCCUUA